GUUCAGAGUCGGAGGAUGUCCGCUCACCACCACCCACCAAACCCCUUUAGUGGACAAGGACUAACACUACAUUUUAUUGAAUUACUGAUGGAACAUCAAAUGCAAGCAUUACAAGGAGAAAAAACCAUGUCACACUACGAUGAAUCACAUUCAGAACGCUUGUCACGCAAGGCCCGUGAUUCUCCAUUUAUGGUUGCCGGGCUAGUCGGUCUAGUGGGUAUUGUUGGCUAUGGCAUAUAUGGCUUUAAGAACAGGAAAGUGAAGACUUCAGUCUACCUUAUCCACAUGCGUGUCAUGGCUCAGGGCUUUGUUGUGACUUGCCUGACAGCUGGUGUGGCAUUUAAUCUCUACAAUAAAUUUGUACAUCCAAAAUUAUUCCCAGCAAGCAUAGCAGCUCCAGAGGAUAAAAAGGAAUAGGUCUACCCAGCAUAAAAAUGUAGUGAGCACAAUUAUUGAUCAUCACAGUUGUAGAAAGUUUGGUUUCUACUGUUGAUUGCCAUUACAUCUGAGUUAUUAUUAUCGUAAUUGUUAUGUAAUCAUUUUCAAAUGCAGUUCAUAGUGUAUGUGAGAGUUUCAUAGUUCUAGGCCAUUGUAGUAAACCAUGAGCUUUUACUAUGAAUGAGAGAUGUAAAGUUUUCUCUACAGUUUACUAAUGUUUAGCUAUGAGAUUUGUUUCAUAUAUACGUACAUAUUACAGUGCAUACUUCAUGUAAUGGUCAUAGGUCAUAAUUUGACUUAUAUAAAACUUUUAAAAUGAAGAAGUAUUGGCUUUAAUUAUCUAUGUCUUUUUUGUGUUCUUAGUUUUAUACUUAUGCAGAAAUGAAUGUGUGUGUUUGUAUAGCAGCUAUGUAGAUACUGUUCCAUGUGAGAACAGUUUUGGAGAUGAAAAGUGUGUAAAUAAGAAGUAAGAAAGAUGUACAAGCAGUAAGUGCUGUAAAUCAGUGACACACACUAUAUGAGUGAUGAUGGAAUAAAUAUUGGUUGUUUGUAUUCACUACAGAAAUGUAUAAUACGAGUUAAGUUUUGAUACUAGGUACAGUGGUCAUUCUUCUCCAUGGCAGAAAUUUUGCAUUAGUAUUUGUUGUAUACUGGAUAAAAAGUGAAAAAUACAUGUUUAAUUAAUUAUUAUGUCCGGUAAUGUUAAGAUUGAAUGUUACAGCGGAUAGGACUGUAGGAUACUAUGAGAGACAUGUAUUAUUUUUCAUAGUGUGUGGAAGUUAAAGCUGUCAUACAAAUAAUAUAAAUUGAAAGACAAAAUAUUUAGGAAUCAGUAACAGAAUGUGUCUGGACCAAAAUGCUAAAAAGUUAUUCUCUAAUGAUUGUUAGGUUCAAGAGCUAGACCACUCUUGCAGACAGGAAAGUCCCAUAUACAGUAUGGUAUCGAGUGUAAGGGAAAUGAAAUAUACCAGUAUUAAAAUUAUUUUGAAUUUUAAUUUAAAAUUAUAGCUUAAAGUCAAUAAGUGUUUAAUUAAUGAUGUAUAUACUAUACUUGUAUAGACUAUCCUUUAGAAUCCCACAUUAUCCCAAGUCAUUUGUAAGCAUAUCUACGGAAGAGAAAUAACUGCAAAUACCAUAGUGACGAAUACUUUAUCAAUGUUUACUUUUAUGUCAAAAGUCAAUAAGUGUACUUAUAAUUAAUAGUUGCUAUCAUCAAUGUUACACUUAGAAAAUUCAGGAAUGCAAUAGUAAUAUCUUAUUGGGAAAUGUAUGUCAAAUUUUAAUAAAUGUAGGCUUGUUACAUUUACCUUAUUUUGUUUGAGUUUUUUGCUCACUUUGACAAGUUAAUCAUUAUGACUUUCAUUGAUGUCAUCUAGGAGCAAAAAUACUUUCAACACUGUAUUUUUCAUACUAUAGUGAAAUCCUAGGUGUGCAUGUCAUAUAUCUUGACCAUUGUGUUAAUUUUUAUGGUCAUCAGUAUACUGCCUGUUGAAAUAGCUUGGAUGGUAUUUUUUCAUUUGGAGUUUGUAGGUCGUCCAUAUUUUUCAACGAUUUCUCUGAAAUCUAUUGCAUAAGUACAGAAAGACCAAUACAAAAAAAUACUGACAAAAUAUUUUUAGUCAAUUAAGGAAGUAUUGGGAUGUAUAGUGAUAUAAAUCUGGUUUUUUUUUUUAUAGUUCUUCAACAUAUUGAUAUUGCAACUUUUUUACACUGAAGGCUUUGGUAAAAGUAUCAUAAUCCUUAAUAAGGCUGGAGAUACACAUACAAUAUUGGGAAUUUCAUGACUUUAAAUGAAAGAUAAGUUGAUUUUACCCGGUUUUCUGUGUAUAUUCCAAGCUAACUUUUGCAUCAUCACAUUUCAAAAAUUAUUUUUUAUAGAUUUGAAUGUUGUCAUUAAAUUAUUUUUCAAAGGCAAAUAAAUUAUGUACAAAGUA